AUGGCCGAUGAUUAUUCUGCAGAACAAGCAUAUUUAAAACAGCAUCAUUUAACGAUAUAUUUCGAAGAUUGUAUACGAAAUCUUCUUGAAACUCGUCGUCGCCCUUUACCAUUAGGAUCAGCAAAAAUUGAUGUUAAUGCAUUUUUAAGAGAUUAUUUUUUACAAGUAAAACGUGAAUCUCAUAUAAUUGGUCGUGAAUUUGCAUUUAUUAAUGGUACUGCUUAUAAUCGUCGUGCAUUUCUCACUCAAAUAUGGUCAAAAUGUGAAACAUCAAUGCCAACUCCAAGUACAUUAAAAGAAUUACAUACAUUAAUGCUAUCAAUAUGUCCAGAUUUUCCCUAUUCACUUCUUGAAACAAGUGUUAUAUUAAUUGAAGAUUAUGAAUCAUCUUUAUCACUUGAUUAUGUUAUAUUUUUACGUGCAUUUCAAAUACGUUUCAUUUAUGAUGAAUUUAUAAAUGAAUCUCAACAAUUAUUUCGUUCAUUUUCACAUCGUUUAACAUGUCAUGUACCAACAGCUGAAAUAAGUAUUCCACAACAAGAUAAUAAUCAUCGUCAAAUAUUAUAUGAAGCAUUUCAAAAAUUAAUAUUAACAAAUACAUGUUCUUGUCCACCAUUAAAUAUUUUAGAAGAAGUUUUAUUAUCAACAGAACAACAACAACAACAAUUAAAUCAUCAAAAAUUUUUAAUACAAUUAGCUAAAAAUGAAAAAUUAACACGAUAUAUUGGUAAAGAACCAAUGGUUUUAAAACAGCCACGUCCAACUCAACAACAACGAUCUAUUAUUGAACCAAUAACAUCAAUACAAAAUGAAACAAAAUUAUUAUUAACGUCAUUAUCAACACCAACCACACGAAUAUCAAGUCCAAUAUCAUCAACAACUUUAUUACCACCAUUACCUAAACAACAAGUACUUGUACGAGAAAAACCUAUAAGACAAGGUUCACCAGCGUCUGGUAUUGUACAAACAAAUCUUACUAAACGUGUCGAUUCAGCAACAACAUCAUUUAUUGCUACACCUAGUUCAGCUAAAUCAACAACACCAGUAACAACUAUUAUAAAACAAGAAAUAAGUGAAACUGAUUCUGAUAUUGAAUCCCGAUCAUCUGACUCAGAUACUUAA